AGAAGUUCAAAGUUCAUGUUUUGGGUCCGCCAAUCGGAGGUAAUGCGGAAACUUAUUGCGUUUUGUAAAUGUGGUUUUCUAUCUUUGGGUCCGCCAUCUUGGCGCUGCAUCUGGGUACUCUUGGGAUAUUUGACUCUAACUUUGUUUGUUAUUGAACCCACAGCCUGUAUUAGUAUUUAGUGCAUUAAUGGGGAACCAUACAGUCUGUGUGGGGAACACGCUGAGUUGUGUUGUCGCUUCACUCUCGGCAUAUUCUGUGUAUUUGUUUUACGUCCAUAUUUACUCUUCACAUACGGCGCUGAGAAACAAUGUUCUCCACAAUAAGAGUCUGCCGAGUUUAGUUUAUCUGUAUCUGAAAUAUCUGAUCAAAACUCUCAAACGACGGAGGACAGGACACCUGUACACGGUAUCCAGUAACAAAUGUGAAGUUGUUUACACGGCCAUCGAUUGCAGGUUAGUUUAGUGUCACUCCUUCAUAAAUUUGAAUGUAAAGGAUUUCAAAAUAAAAGUCUUAACAGCUACAGCACUUGUCUCUCUAAGGUUUGAGGUUCCCCUGCUAAGGAAGUUCUGCAGUGCAGCAGGUUAUGGUUGGGAUUAUCCAGACACUGAGUUCAGGGACACCCCGCUGUGCUUCCCUGAGUUCCUGUGUCACAGACUGCUGCUCAUGGUCCUCACUGAUGGAAAGUUCAGGCUCAGCCCUGCAGGUAAGACCUGGAACAGGUUUGGCUUGUAGAUAGCCUAUGUCAUUCAAAACUAGCAGUAAAAGCAUUGUUAUGAACAGUACCAGAAAAAAUAUCACAAUUUUCGUGAUAUUGCAUGGUGUUGAUUCCUUUACAGGUCUGGUUCGUGUCCGACAGAGUUUAAAAACACUUCAGCCUGUCGAUGAACUGAAGAAGGGCCCGUUCAUGCUGCAGGUGCAAGUCCAAGAGUACAGGGAGCUUGAUGCAGGAGUGGAGGUUGAUAUCUGUCUGUGUGCCACUUCUCGUACUGGAUGUCCAGUGUGGGAGAGUGUCCUGACAUUACUGUCCAAGAGGAAGCUCCAUAAUAAUAGCAGAAAUGAAAAUCCAGGUGAGACAUCUGAUAAUUUCAUUAGCCAUUUUAUUUAUGAAUCUCUUAAAACAGCAGCUCUGUGUUGUGUUCAUUCAGAGCAACGUACAUAGGUGCUGAAUCUAGUUUGUCCUUGUUUUGACAGACCAACCUAAUGAGCCUGCACCAGAAAAUGUGAAGCAGGUAAAGCUACGAAUUCCCAGGACUGCUGGUCUGCAGUGUAUGUGGUCCUACUCUGCCUUCUCCCCCUAUCGGCUCCUCUUUCUACCAACCUGCCUCUUUGGUCGAUUGCAGUCCACCCCAAAUCUGUGGAUGCUGUCAGUCUGCCUCGCUGAAGUAGAAAAGCACAAAGGUAAUUUGUUUAAACCAAACCAAUCUAAUCUGCAGAGUUUUUCCACAACAUACAUAAAAUUUUCAGUUUCAUUUCCUAUGAUGACAGAUCUCUUCUCUCUUCUUGUUGUUUUGUGUUACCAGGGGUAGAAGUCAUCACAACUCCGGUCAACAUCAGCGUCCAGUUUAGGGAGCCUCUGUCAUUACGAAGCAGAGUAACCCUCAGGUUCUGGGAGACCACUAACGACAGGAGUCAGUCUUCUACCCAGAGCCUCAGCUUCCUCGUGCAACCGCAUGGGAGCAACACAUCUCACAUGAUAGGAUCGAUUUCUCGGUCGUUAUGAAAGCAGAAGGUAGAAAUUUGUGAUCAUAUCUAAACGUGAAUUUGCUAUCGCACUGAUCUGAUGUUGAUAAAGUCUGAACUCAUUCAAAGCAGCAGACUUUGAGUGAAUUUCUCAUUAUUUCAUGAUCUCAAUAUUGAAAUUCACUUUUGUUUACCGUUUGCCUGUGGUCAAAAUCUUUUAAUGAAGAGGUGUUCACAAAUGUUUGAGUGUAAAUGUGUGUGUAAAUAUGAUCAGGUAUUUUCCUGUACAUUUGCCAGUAAGAUUUGAAAUUGCAAAAUUAAAUUUAACACACCAAGAUUUAAAUUAUACUGAAUGUAUUUUGCCUUUAUUUAGGAUUAGCCAUUUUGUAAAAGACAACAACUUAGACAAAAUCUACAUACAUGUGCAGGACUGUAAACAACUCUUAAAGAUCCAUUGACUCAGCACCACACCUCACUGACACUAAUAAAUGUAGUAUUAUCAGAGCAAUUAAAGGUUCUGCACGUCAUGAUUCAAAGUUAUGUGUGUCAUAUAUUUCUGUCAAUAAUGUGCAACAUGCGCCAACAAAAUUUGUCAGUCAAGCCCAAGUUUAGACCAUACUGUUGAUUUAUUAUCUACAAAGUCCCAACAUGACCCACUCUUAUCUUGUCUUAUCCUCCUGGAGCAGAAUGCAGCAUUUAGGUGAUAGAAACAACCAAAAUGAAUAAGUAUGCGUUACAAAAACACAAAUCGAUAGUGAGCCUUUUUUAAUAAGUCUGUAUUUGGCAGUAUUUUUAUCAACUUAAACACGUGGGACAGUAUGUAGAUGCAGUUUGACACCUUAGAGAAUGAUUUUAAAAAAGCUAAUCAACAUUUAAAUUGUCCCUUCUGUCUAUUUCAUCAAGCUUGUGCAGAAUCUAUCACCUUAAUAAACUAGCUUUGGAGCUUUUUUACAAAUCUAUAUGUGUUUAAAACAAAUAAGUACAGUUUGCAAAUGUAUGAAACUUUGAUCAGUUUUGAACAAUGAACUGAGCAAACGUAGCUAAUCCCCUCUUUGAGUCUCUUUGUUUAAAUGAAUUUAUUAGCAGUAAGUGUUGUUGUAACGUGGAAGAGAAGUGUUAUUGAUCUCUUGUCCCUGAAAAGUGAAGCUACGCCCGUGAACCGAGAAACAUAGAAGCUUUGGAGGGAUUCAGUUUGAGGAUUUUAUUUGUAGAGCUUUGAGCUGUAGGUUUCAUAGAGCCGCAGUACAAAAGCAGUUUGUAAUGUUACAUGUCUUUGAGUUGACAAUACUGGGCUAAUGCAGUCACCAUCCCCGCAGGGAGCAAAGUCUUUUCAAUAUUUGAUUCCUCUGAUAUUCCUGUUCGCAGCUUUCAUGUAUGUGGAGGUCUGUCCUCCUGUAUUAUUUAGAGAAACACAUUCAGUGCAUGGGACUGAGAGAAGUGGCUUUUCAUGCAUCGCUGCAACAUUUCAUAAAGACAAUUCUGGCAUAAAUUCUUGUAUUCAAGAAGAGGAGAAAAAGAGCUUUAAUUUGGUCUCCUAAGAUGAUCUGAAAAGGUUAAAAUAGACAUUUUUAAUAAUCAUUAGAAAAGGAAACAACCCCUCGAGGUCAUUGUUUUUUUUUAAAUGAUCGAAAACAGCAUUUCAUCAUUUACACAGGAUUUGAUAGUAACAGUGAAAGGAGCUAAAAACAUGUUGUUUGGCAGGUUCUUUUACUAUUUCUAAUUAAAGCCAAGCAAAUACAAAUGUGAGGCAGAAACCUCCAGCAGAACCAGACUCAUGUUAGACAGUCAUCUGCUGCUACUGUGUUAGGUUAAAGGGAUAUUCUGGCGUAAAAAACAAUUUAGGGUCAAACACACCGUAACACCAAGUUAGACACCCCAUCAAAAGAUGGGGUUGAUGAAGUUAGGUGCUGUUCUGAGCAUUAUUUGUGGCUAUAGAGUGGCGUUUUGAUUGAGGUUUAUGUGUGGAUCCAUAGGUUGAAGCAUAGUUGAAGCAGCUGGGAAGCAGGCAGGUCCACAGCAGAAAAACGUCUGCAGCAGCGAUCCAGAGGAAGCGACAGCAUGAUGGAGCUCAGAGACUCCCAGAGAAGACUGUGUGUUAGUGACUCUAAUGGGACAUGAUGAUUCAAAGGUAAUGACACAAACGGAAAGAGGGAAAGAUACUCAGUGUGCCAGUAUCACAACUCUAUAGCAGUAUAACUGAGUUGGUCCAGACCAGGAUUGCUUUAAACCUACUCUUAGAGGUAGAGAGGGAGACCAUGAAGAUCUUUGUAGGUCAGAAGAAGAAUUUUAAAUCAAAUGGGGAGCCAGUGUAGAGAAGCUAAUACAGUGGAGAUGUUUCGUAGUUCAGACUGUGUCCAGGUGUGAAUAUGUGCUGCUGUAUAAACGCGAAGGUCAUUCUACUUGCGUAAAAAAAAGCACGAGUUCAGCAAAAGCCCGAAUAACAAAAUCAGCAAUCAGCGAAUCAUCCAGAGACUGGCUCCUGCACACUGUGAGCGGUUGUAGUUUGUACGAUGGGGGAGGGUGUGUGUGUGUGUGUGAAGAGUCUCUGUUUGUAGAUGCUCAGGAGGAGGAGGAGAAAUCAGUUUCACCAGCUGUACUACAGAUCAGAUCAGAGGGACACACGCUGGGUCAUCCCACCCCUGCCAUGUGAUUUUCAUUACAGCAACUCUGGGAAGAGUUCAGCCGUGGAGAGUUUGAGGUAAAUACUUCUUUUUUUUUUUACUUUUAUAUCUUGAUAUGAACUCUAUUAUCACUGUAUGUAUGCUCCUGUGUGGUUUAUUGUUUGGUAUUGCUUCACUGUGAAGCUAAACCGUCUCAUUACCUUGAUGGCCAUGUUGUGUAACUACUGUACGGUGCCAUAAAUUCAUAUUGUUUGUCACCAAAAUGAAGGUUUUCUUUAAUCCUACCCUAGAUGUGAAAGGAAAGCUUUAUUUAGAUGCUUUAACUUAAGGUUUGUGCAAAUUCUUAUAGUAAGACAAAAGCUGAAUGGUUCAUUUUAGACAGUAUAGUUCAAUAAUCUGUCUUUUAAGGAUAUAAACAUUAACUGUAUAAACUCACAAUGGAAUUAUUGUACUAUUUAUCCUCGUUUAGUCUGUUUCCACAGUUCCUGCUGUGACAAAAACAUCCACCAGGCAGGCGAAACCACAGCCAUAAUGCACCGAGUGUGUUUAAAUCCAAUCUAUUUUUCAUCCGUUGUUGCUCAGUCACCAUCACCAGCUGGAGUGCAGCACGCUUGUGCUUGUUGUAACAUGUACAUUGCUGUUAUUAUUCAUUUAUAGAGUCCCUAUUCUGUCAUGCAUACGAGCCAGUCAAGUGGAAGAGGGUCAGUCAGUUUAGCUUCUGUGCAAAAGGUAUUGAAUUUGACGCAGAGAGAUAUGAAGUCAGAGUUCUCCUUCUCUGUUUGUCUCACUGUGAUUUAUCUGCCACAUCUGCAGUUUUCAGAAAUACGACUGUCCUCUAAUGCAGCAGUAUGUAGUGUGUCUUUAAAAUGCCCAAAAUUACAACUGAACUUGUUUUGAAGUCAUUCAGAGUGAUGCAUUCAUCCCAUUUAUCUCAGAUGUUGUCUCUGCGGGCAAGGAGAGUGUGCGAGUGUUUAAAGAGAUGACACACACUCUCUCUCACACUCACACACACACGCUACAUCCCUGGUUAGAGCACUUUAGAGGAGUUCAUCUGUCUCCCUCUUCAAAGAGCCGAUCCUCUGGGAUUUGAAGUUAUUUUUUGCUUCUUUUAAAAGUACCUGCUUCAUUUAUUUAUUCAGAGGCCGUGACUAAAUGACAGCUUCUUCUCUUCUGCUGUUCAAACAACAACUCCACCACCUCACCUACUACUACCUGUCCCAGUUGCUGAGCUGUGAAAGACGUGAAUAACAUUAAUACUGCAGCUGCACAAUAGUAGAAGAUGAUGCUGUGAGUUACUACGAACUGUGCAAUGGAGAAGAAACACAUAAAACUUUAACAAAUUCAAUAUAAAUGAAAACAAUCAUGAUGGUUCAAUAUUUUCUAUAAUAAAACAGUGUGCUGCAAAAGUGGUGGGCCUCAGCUUGUCACUUACCUCCACUCUGACAGGUCAAAUGGGUGAUAAAUUGAGACUUUGGGUUCAAACUUUAGCACUUGGACUCUUCUACUACAGAGUGGUUUGGUUUUGGUAUUGUCUUGCUGGAACAUGCAGAGUCCCACCCAGGCUGAAGGAGAGAAUGUGUGGAGUAGAGGAUGCUGAUUGCUGAUGUAAAUUUUGAGUCAAAACUGGAUAGUUUUCCUCUUACAGAUGCUUUAUCAUUCAGCCAUUUACAUCUUUUUUCUCCUGUUUUGUUGUCCCAUUUUAACUUUUAGAAAUGUAUAGCCUGCAUCAAACUUAAAAUUUGUGUCUUUUUUCAUAAAUUAACAUGAUUGUUCAGUUUCAACAUUCAUUUUGUUGCCCAUUGACUGUUUUUGAUUAAUUAUAAAAUGAUUUAAAGCGAGAUAUUUUUGUCACAGAUAUUUUUAUACAGCAUUUUUAGGAAAUUGUGUUUGUGAAACAAAGUUUUCCAAUCCAAUUAGUCUUUUUAGACAAAUGCGUUAGAUUAAACAGAGCAUGGUGUUUAGUCAUAUACUAUUCACAACUUCAUACACUUUGCAUAUUGGCCUCAUUUGUUGGGAGACAUCCCUUCUACAUGUUUUUCUUUCAGCCAUUCACAACUUUUUUUCAAGUUUUGUUGUCCAGUUUUUACUUUUUUUAAAUGUUGCUGGCAUCAAACUUAAAAUUUGUAUCAAUUUUUCAUAAAUUAACACAAUUUUUCAGAUUCAACAUUCAUUUUGUUGUCCGUUGACUGUUUUUGAUUAAAUAUAAACUGAUUUAAAACCAUGAUCAGCUGUUUUCACUUAUAUUUUUACACAGCGAGGUUGUAAAAAUGAACUUUUCCAAUCUUAUUAGUUUUCCCAGACUAAUAAAUUAAAUUAAACUGAGAAUGGUGUUUAGCCAAAUACAUGUUGUUACAGUAAUGUUAGAAUAAUCUUAUAUUUAAUCAUCAGAUGCGUCUAAUAGAGUAAAUUCAUAAGAUUCACCACCUGAUAGUGGUUUUUUUGAGCCACGACUUUCGAAUAAAGCUACUGAUGGUUAAAAAUCAUAGCUGACUUAUUCCUGUUGUCUCUCAAUUUACAUUUGAAUCAUCACAUCUUUUAACCCGUUCAUGAAUAAAUGAGCUUCUGUGCUGUCAUCUCAACAUUUUUAUGUACAGAUCAGUUUGUCACUUCAUGUUUUUAUCACUUCAUAAAUAUGGGGGUGAAGGACAUAACACUUUUCUUUUUCCAUUUCAGUGCAGCAAAAGAAAAAGUCGAUGAAGAAACAAGGAAGAGGAGACACUGCCAGCAUCCCCCUCUCCUCACCAACAGGGAGCAGCAGUGUCCAGGUCUACCAUGAGUACCAGAAGGUGGCUUUCAAGAUCUAUCCCGAGAAUGGUCAUGCUAUAGAAAACGGUUCUCACACCAGGAGAGACAAGGUCAGCAGCCGAGAAGAUGCGGGGAAGAUGUCCUGUGUGCCGGACAUCAUCUCUCACAGUCAGGAGCAGAGGUGCAGCAUGAAGGAGGACGGUUUUCACAGAAACUCCCUUUGGAUGAUGGAUUCAAGCAGCCAGGCCUAUUCAGGGCAGGAGGACAACUCCACAGACCCACAUGAGACCCUGACAGAGACUUCAACUCUGACCUUUAUGGAUGCCCACACUAUGGAUGAAUCGGUGGAGAACCACAGCCUGCACGGGGUGGGGAUGGUUUACCUGAAGGAGUUUGUGCUAAUAGAUGAUGACGAUGACGGAGACAUGUCGCUCAGAGAGAAAACUGUGACAGACAUGUCAGUAAUGGGUGGAAAAGCAGCUGAACUGGUGUGUGGGAGGCUGCUCUCUACUUCCAGUGGAUCAGUGUCGGAGUAUAAGGAGGAAUCCUCGGCUCCUGAAGCACCUGCACAGGAGGAAGUGGAGACUGAACCUGGAAAGAAACGCUGCUGUCACUGCUCUGUUUUAUGACCGAGCAGGACAUGAGAGAUGGUUCCUGAUAGUCAAGGUGUUAAACUGGGCUUGUGUGUGUUUCUGCUGCACAUUUAUAGCUAUGGUAGCAUCCUAAAGUCAUGUUAUGAUGUUUCUGAUCAGCUUUUACUCUGAAAAACACAAAAACUGUUAUUUUUUGUUGUUUUGUUUGAGCUGACAGCCACAAAUGAAGACGUCUUAUUUACAGUAUUGUUAAGAAUUGUGAAAUGUGUGUGUGUGUGUGAUAAGAGGUUAAUGCUUUCAGAUUAAUUAACAUCUUAAGAGCUCUUUUUAAAGUGUAAACAAUAUCUUUGGGGUCAGUUUUAACAUUUUGAUACUAAUAAAACGCAUGUUUGCCUAACAUCAUGGAGUUUGUGAUAAAUCCACAAAAAUGAUAAAAAAGAUACGGUGCUGACAACAAAUAAAGAUACUUCCAUAACCAAACUAUAUGACUUACUAAUUUUAGUUUUAAUGAUUCGUUUGACUGUAUGAGGCUAAUUAUGAGAAAUGACAGGUGUGUGUGCCUCUGACUGGGAGCUGGUGAGGUGUGAGGAGCUUAUAUAUAGUCUGUGCUGACUCAUGAGCUCAUAUGCUGUAGUAGUAAGAGGUUCUCGAGGCUUUAAAGGAGUCUUGUUAAAGAUGGUUUCAUGGAAGCUGGGCUGAUCUUUCUGGUUGUUUUAGUGGCAGUGAUUUAGUUUCUCUUUGUUUCCUGCAAAGCCUGGUUUAUUUAAAGGUAUGUCUUUGUGUCGGUCUAGUUUUUCUUUCUUUCUAUCUUUAAUCGCCUGAAAGCAAAGAUGAACUGUCCACCUGCCGUGUGUCCCUGCUGUAAACAGGUGACAACGUUCAGAGAAUACAGCGACCAAAUUUGGAGGAAGUCUGCACCUUUUUUUCACAAGAUUGUUUCAUUUUUAGGAUAACUCACUGACUGAUUGUAGUACUUGGUAUCAUACUGGUUCAGGAAGAGUGUAAGAGAGUGUGUGAUGCUGCAGUAGAUAAUUAAAUCAGCCCAUUCAUCACAAUAAGAAAAACUUCUCUGGACUUGAAAUCACAGACACUGCCUGAAGAGGAGAAGGAAUCACCUGACUUGUUAUCACUACCAGGUUCAAAAGUCAGCGUCCAUGAUGGGCUAAGAGCGCUCAUGUGUGCACGAGUAGCUUACACCUCUUGGAAGACAGCAUUAACGCCAAACAGGUUGUGAUGAAACAUAUGCUGCUGUCCAAAUGAUGUCGUUCUCAGGGAAAAGUCUUCACUAACUUUCCAAAAGUUCAAAUUUGAUAAAAGAAAACCAAAACUGUUGAGCAGCUGAAACUCUUUGUGUAUCAGAGAAGAAUGAGGCAACAUUAAACUUUUUAAAACUCCGGAAACUGAUCCCCUCAGUCCUCAAAAGGUGUCAUUAAGAGGAUAUGUUGCAGCACGAUUGUUGUAAACAGGUCCUUUUUCUGGCAUCAGAUUUAAAAUAACAGUAACCCUUUAUUAUAACACUUUAUAAUGUGUUAUAAUGUGUUAUAACUGUUACCAACAGUUGCAUUGCAUUAUCUAUGUGGGCAUUGUCAGUGAGUUGUUAACAGUUAUAACACAUUAUACUACCUGACCUUGUAAGUCAUGAUAAAGUGCUUUAUAAUGUGUUUUGAUUAUUGCUAUAAAGCAUUAUGAUCAUUUAUGAGUGUUUAUAACUAUACUUAUACUGUGCUAUAACAUGAUUAUAAUGCAUUAAACAUGUAUUUACGAUGCGUUAUAGAGAAAGGCGUCAAAUAAUUUCAGUUCUCACAUUUAGUUUUUUGUCUUUGUACUACUUUCAAUUAAAUAUUUAAAUGUUAAUCAAAAUUCAAUUCAUCUGAUUUGCAAACCAUCAAAUAUAUAUUUUUAAUCAUUUUACAUAAGUAUCGUUCCUGUUAGAUACUCAUUUUUCCAGUGUACUUAUGUUGAUAAGAAUUUGGGUUUGCAAAUGUAAUGAUAUUGAAGGGAUCAAAAGAGCUCCAGUAACACUUGUAGUUCAGGAAAACAACUUUAUUUGACCGAUGUGAAACAACACUCUUUGAUGCAUUUCUGAUGACCCUGAUGAAGGCCACAGGCCAAAACGCAUCGGUGAAAUAAAGUUGUUUUCCUGAAUUACAAGUGUUGCUUUAGCUCUUUUGACCCCUUAAGACCUUUUCUCUCCAAGCACCUUGGAAGUUGGUGAAGUUGUGCUGGAACUUUUGUCCUCAAAUAUAAUGAUAUAACAUUUUCUAUGUAUGAUAAAUUCAUCAGCUGGACUGGUUUUGUGGUCUCAUUUUUACCAGGGAACCGUUGAUAAAGGUUUGGCACCACAGUGCAUGGAUCCCUGAAUAUGCCUCAGAAACUUCUCAGGAAUCGAGCCACAAACAUGACGG